AGUGAAACAUUCGGGAUGACGAGCGAAGGAACACGGAUGAGGAACACGGAUUUCAGCAUAGCCCGGAUACUGUCGGACGAUCGCGAAUGUUGCUCGCCGAAGGACGAAAGUUCCUCAAGAAAGUUGCGUAUCCCGGUUUCGUCUCUCCCGGAAGCGAACGAAGAACAAGAGGCAUGCGAGGGAGAGACAAAACGCGAGAAAUACGUCGUUGAUCGUGUCGUCCCGAGUGAAACCAGGGAUGAUCCUUUUCUAGCCGGCGAGACGAGACAACGGGAUGGUGAAAUACGGAGGACCGAUCUCACGUGGCUUCAGUACACCAGGUACAGACCGCCGAAACUGCCCAGAAGAUCCUACAUCGAGAGGCGAACCAAGCGGCGAACGGAUGAUCGUCCUCGCAUUCCCUUCUCUUCGUCGCAGCUGCAGGUGUUGGAAGACAGGUACAGGAGGAGCGCCUAUCUGUCCAGGAACGACGUCGUCGAGAUGUCAGCGAUGUUGAGACUGCCGCAGAGCAAACAAAAUGUCGUGGAGCCAAUGCAGGUUGAUGCUCCUACAGAGGAUAAUGAUAAUGCUGAGGAAGAACCGUAUAUAGUAGAAAACCCAACGUUGGACUUGGAGGUAUAUGCCAACAGCUAUACCGGACUUGCAAAAUUACAUAGACUUGUAUAUAUCGCCGAUCAUUGUCCAUCGUUAAGAAUAGAGGCAUUGAAAAUGGCAAUUACUUAUGUGAUGACCACAUACAAUGUUUCGCUCUAUAUAAUGCUACAUAAAAAGCUCGUCGAAGCCAUGGGGACUCCUGGUUUACCAGACGUGGCGGCGCAGUCUACUUCGCAGGACAUGUUAACAAUGGAUCAAACAUGGGUGGAGACUCGAUCUAAGAAAGCUGCCCUAAAAUUGGAGAAAUUCGAUACCGAUUUGAAAAAUUACAAGAGCAAUUCUAUCAAAGAGAGCAUACGAAGAGGCCACGACGAUUUGGGAGAUCAUUAUUUGAAUUGCGGCGAUCUUGUUCACGCCUUGAAAUGCUAUUCCAGAGCACGAGAUUACUGUACUAGCGGCAAACAUGUUGUGAAUAUGUGUUUAAAUGUAAUCAAGGUUUCUGUAUAUUUACAAAACUGGUCGCAUGUACUUAGUUACGUUACCAAGGCUGAAGGAACACCAGAUUUUCCAGAGUUGCACGGUAAAGACAACAAUCAGGCUAUUAUUACAAAAUUAAAAGUGGCAGCAGGUCUAGCAGAAUUAGCAACGAGAAAGUAUAAAAUGGCUGCGAAACAUUUUUUACAAGCAUCCUUAGAUCACUGCGACUGUCCCGAAUUAUUAUCUCCUGGAAAUGUGGCUCUCUAUGGCGGACUUUGUGCUUUAGCUACCUUUGACAGACACGAACUGCAGAAACAAGUUAUAUUUAGUAGCUCUUUCAAAUUAUUCCUAGAGUUAGAACCGCAACUUCGAGAUAUAAUUUUUAAAUUUUAUGAAUCAAAGUACGCAUCCUGUUUGAAAUUGCUCGAUGAGAUAAAGGAUAAUAUUCUUUUGGAUAUGUAUAUAGCGCCUCACGUAAAUCUGUUGUAUACACAAAUUCGAAAUAGGGCCUUGAUACAAUACUUUAGUCCUUACUUAAGUGCGGACAUGAGACGAAUGGCAACUGCAUUCAACAGAACAGUAUCCGAAUUGGAAGAUGAACUCAUGCAACUUAUCCUUGAUGGUCAGAUUCAGGCUCGUAUAGAUUCACAUAAUAAGAUUUUGUACGCGAAAGACGUCGAUCAACGUAGCACUACUUUCGAGAAAUCUAUGAGCAUUGGAAAAGAUUAUCAGAGGCGUACACGUAUGUUGAUCUUAAGAGCCGCAAUGUUGAAACAGCAAAUUCAUGUAAAGAGUCCUCAACGCGACAGUACACAAGGAGGUGAGAUGUCGGUAGCACCAGGAAAUGGUACCUUAGCAGCAAAAAAUUGAACCGUGUUUAAUAUUUUAUGUUCCGAGAAAAAAAAAUUUAUACGUGUUAACUGCCACAAUCAGCUAGGUAUGAGAUAAGAUUUCAUCUCCGCAUUCGAUAUUGUUACUUGCGUUCUUUCCGAAGUUGAUGUCCUAUACCUCAUUUUCAACGUAUAAUAUAUGGCAUGUAUAUAAUAUUGCUACACUGUGUUUAUAAAAUAAAAAGCGACUUUCUCUUUCAAUUAUGAUUGAAUGGAAUCAUAACAGAGAUGUGUAACAUAGACCAACCUUUUGAUUAAUUUAACAUAAAAGUUAUACUAAUAUGUUCUUUUUCACAUAAAUAAAAUAUGUAUUAAGAAAUCGUAAUUUUAAGUUGCUCUGUAUACAAACGAUGUGAACGAAUUUAAGACUUUAACAUAAUCUGCUGGGAUUUAGAAUAAAUUCAUUACAUUAAAUACACGCACGUAUAUCGUUUAUAUACAAUCCAUUAAAUUUUUUCAUAAUUGCAAAUCUAAUAGAAAAUUAAAAUAAUCUCUGUUAUGUAUUUAUUAUAUAUAUAUUUUUUAUAUACAUAAGCUUUUAUCUACUGUACACAUGUAUCUGAUGAAAAAUGUAACACGAUCGAAUAGAUUAA